AUGCCCCACCUCCGCGCUCACGAAGUGCAGCAGCUGUUGCACAACAAGUUUGUCGUCGUCAUGGGAGACUCCGUUCAGCGCGCCGUGUACAAGGACCUGGUCCUCCUGCUCCAGAGGGACUGCCUGCUGUCUUCCAGUCAGCUGAAGAGCAAGGGCGAGCUGAGCUUCGAGCGCGACGUGUUGCUGGAGGGCGGCCGAUGGGGUCGCAUGCAUAAUGGUGCCCACUACCGCGAGGUGCGCCAGUUCUGCUCGGGCCACCACUUGGUGCGCUUCUACUUCCUCACCCGAGCCUACUCGCCCUACGUCGAGGACAUCCUGCAGCAGCUGCGCUGGGGUGAGUACGCCCCCGACUUGGUGAUCUUGAACUCGUGCCUCUGGGACCUUUCCAGGUACGGAAGCAAUUUCCUCAGGAGCUACCGAGAAGACCUGGAGAGGCUGUUUCAACGCCUAGCUCAGGUGCUGCCGGCCUCCUGCCUCCUGGUGUGGAAUACUACCAUGCCUGUGUCCCACGUCGUAUCCGGGGGUUUCAUCCAGCCGGGUGCCCCAACCUGCCCCUCGCGCCUGCGCGAAGAUGUGAUGGUGGCUAACUUCUACAGCUCAUCAGCGGCGGUGAGGUACGGCUUCGACGUGCUGGAUCUCCACUUCCACUUCCGCCAUGCCGGGCAGCAUCGGCUGAGCGAUGGAGUCCACUGGGAUGAGCGUGCACACCGUUACCUCUCGCAGCUGCUGCUGGCACACGUGGCAGACGCCUGGGGCGUGAUCCUCCCAGCGCACCAGCCUGUGGGCAGGUGGAUCAGGGAUGUUCCUGCCGAAAGACAGCCAGACCAGGCAGACAGAAGGCAGCCUCGAGACCACCACCCAAGCGAGCGGCGGGGAGCCUCUGUGUCCAGGCAUUCUUCCUGUCCCAGGUACCAUCACCGCCACAGCCCUCGGAGGUCUUAUUCCCACUCUCGAAGCCUGCACAGCCGCAGAGAGGACCCUGUGGCCUUCGCUCCAUCUUCCAGGCAGCAACCACCCCACAGAGAUUCCCCAAGGCACAGGCAUGGAUAUUUCAGGGAUACCCGUUCGGCUGAUCCUGAGCGUAGGCCAGGCCCCAUCCGCAGAGUUUACGACGAAAGCAGGGAGGCUUCUCCUUACCCUCACAGGCACCACAGGGAUUCCCACAGAUCCCAUAGAAGCCACAGUCAUCGGCGCACCUAG